UCUUAAAUAAAUUAAGAAUAAUCAAUAAUAAAGAGUAAAUAGUUUAAUUUUUAAAAGUGAUGGAAGAAAAUCAACUGAAAUUACAUGAUAAAUAAAAGCAAUAGCUUAAAAAUUAAAAUUAACUCUGCGAUAUAAAGCUUAGCGUUUUAAAUAAAUUAGAUGAAAGCUCAUGUUGGAGCGAUAGUUAAAGAAUGAAGCUUACUUAGUCUUUUUCUUCAUUUAUAGAUGAGAAAUAAUAGUAGAAUUAUGGGGAUUUUAAUAUACAUUGCAAGUAAUAGGAAAUAUGCAGUUAAAAUAAAUCAGUAAAUUGCCUGGAUAAAUUGGAAUACUCUCAAAAGUAGAAAUAUAACCAUUUAAAUGUCACGGGAACUUAAAAUAAUAUUAUUAAUAUAUCAAAUUCUGACUUGAAACAUAUAAAAUCCGAUUUUUAAAUAGAUAACUCUUCUUAUAUUAAAAAACAAUCAGUAGAAUAUAGGAGCAGCUAGUAUUAAGAAAGCAAAGAAAAGAGCUAAUUGUGCCAAAAAUCAAGCAAAGCUAGAGUGAAAGUAGGCUUAAGCAUGAAGAGAGAAAAAUUAGUAAGAAAAAACAGUAUUGUUAAUAUGAAAUUACUAACAAAAAUUAAAUAGAAAAUCUCAUAUUUUCACUAAAAGUACACACUAAGUGGCAGAACAUCAUUACUUAAUUAGGACAUAAGAACUCAUAUUGAAGACUUGAGUGAUGGUACUCGUUAAAAUUAAAUUUAGUAUUACUAAUAGUUGAUAGUAAAUUAUUUACCUAGUCUUGAAAAGCUGAUAGGAAAAUACAGUUUCCCAAUAAUAACCAACUUCAGCAUAGUAGGACUAUUCAUCAAGAUAUUCUUUUCUAUUAUUAACUGCUUAUUUCUAUAUACAUAUUCCCUUUUUCUAGUCUUUUCAGAUUAAAGCUAAUAAUUAGAAGUAGCGCUAAGACUAAUUAUUCCUUUGUGGAUAAUAGAGAUUUUAUUUAAAUUAAAUAUGCAUCCAUAAAAAAUAAUUAAUUAAAUAGAUCAACGAAAACAAUUACUCAAAUAUUACAUAAAACAGCAAUCUUUUUCAGAUGUAAUUCCUUUAGUCACAAGUUUUAUAUCCUUAUCAUUUUAGCAUCACAAAUUAUACUUUGAGGUAGUUGUUUUAAUGAAAGCAUAUAAUGUAUUGAAUGAUCUUUAGGAUAUUUAAUAAAGACUUUGUAUGAUUCUAAAAAGGCAUUAUAUCAUUUAACUAUUUUAUUUAAUAAUGCAGCUCUUUCUAAUAGCCCAUGUGGUAAGUUGUUUAUGGAAAGCACUACAAUCGAUUCAAGCAGACUAUUUUGGAGAAUAGCAAACUUGGUAAGAAGAUUUAGCAAUAUAAGAUUUAAUUUGGUGGAGAAAUUACAUUUGGUCAUUAUAUUGGUCUCUAACUUUGAUGACAACAGGCUCAAAUCAAAUAAAAACAGCAUCAGAAGCUUAUUUUACAUGUUUCAUUAUGCUCUUUACAACAAUAAUCUUUGGAUAUUUUUUGAAUGCAAUAGGUAUUAUACUUUCUGAGAUAGACCAAUAAAACUCAGCAGUAAAAAGUGAUUUGAGCAUCAUCAAUCAAUAUAUGAGGAAAAGGAACAUAUCUAAGACCUUGUAAUAAUAAGUUAAUUUCAGUUUACAAAACUACUAUCGAAAGAACUAUUAAAAAAUCUCAGAGGAAAAUUUCAAAAUUUUAGGAAAGAUUUCAUUAGAUCUUCAAAAAUCUGUUUUGAAAGAAUAAAAUAUACAAAUAUUAAACAAAAUUCAAUGCUUGAAAAAUAACUUUAGCUUAAAAUCGAUUGAAGAGUUAUCGCUAAGAGUUAAAGAAGAAUAUUACAUGCCAAAUCAAGUAAUAAUUAAUUCAGAUGAAUAAUAUGAUGGAUCUAUGUUUUACAUUAUUUCUGGAUAAAUUGAAUUAAUUGGUAGUUUUUACAAAGAACAGUGUUUAUAAACGCCCUUAAACAAAGUAAAAAAAGGAGAUAUAGUAGGAGAAAUUAAUUUUUUUACUGGCCUUCAGCAAACACCUUGUAUCAGAUCUAGUGGGUUUACAAAGGUUUUAAGGAUAUAGAGAAAUAAUUUUAUUGAAAUAAUAAAAUCAAACGAAAUGGAUUAUGAAAUAUUCUGCUAAAUAAAUGAUAAAAUAAAAUUAUAAUUAGAUUUUUCAGAUAUUAUAAAAAAUUAUAAUUGCUCAAUUUGUAGAAAAUAAAAUCAUUUUUAACUUUAGUGUCCACUUAUUAGCCUUGAUAGAGAACCUUUCAUUUUUAAGACUGCUAAGCUGUAUAAUCAAAAAUAAAAAAGACUCAAAUUUAGUAGAAGAAAAGAAAAGAAAAUAAAUAGUCUAAAUAACAUGAGAGAUACUUAAAAGGAUAUUAAAGUUUUAAUAAAUAAUAUUAAAAUUUUAAAUUAGAGUAUUUCAACAUACUAAAAACUUGAAGCUCAGUUUUUUUCUGAUGAAGAGGAUGAAUUUGUUAAAAGCCAAAUCAAUCAAUCACUAACUAACGAAAGCCAAGAUAUCAAUAAAAAUAAUUCUUAGGAAGAUAAUUCUUUUUAAAAAUGUAAAUACGAUUAAGUUUAAGUUUAAUUGGAUUCGAGCAUUAAAAUUCAUAGAUACUCAAAUACCACAAAAAAUUAAAAGAGUUUAAGCGAUUUAGAGGAACAUUCACUAGCUUAGGUAAACGAUUACUAGAAGAGCUAGUUUAAUUCACUUCGCUCAGAGCUUUAGCACUCAUAUGAAAUAAGCAAUGGUGAUAGUUAGAGAAGUAUAAAACGAUAGUAAGAAAUGAUUAGAAAAAAUUCAAGAGAUAUUUUAUAAGGGGCAUAUGAAGGUGAGCUUUCGAGAAAAAAAAGUUAUAUGAGAAACUACCUAAAAAGCAGUAGCAGUUUAAGGACAAAUUUUCAUGGUUAAAUUUCAUCUGUUGAGGAAUCUAAAUUACAAUAAAAUGAAAAUCAAAGCAGUUUAACCCCAACAAUUAAAAAAAGUAACAGUAAAAUUAACAAAUAAGAAACUAUAAAUGAGCAAGAUGUGCAAAAUUAAAUCUAUUUAAAUAACUGCAAUAAUAACUCCAUACCAUAGAACAACUUUUAUGAUUAUAAUUUUGAAAAGCCACAAAAUUUCAAAUUCUACUAUUCUCAAGGAAAUUUAAAACUGCAGAUAUUCAGGUAUAAUAGAUACAUUAAAAAGAAAAUUAGGAAUUCUAAGAGAAAUAAAAAAAUUAUUUGAAAUAAAUAAAUAAAAUAACAUAAAUAUUUAUAUUUAAAAGUUAUUAUUAAUUUUAAAUGAUGUUUGUUUUUUUUUAUUAAAUCUAUAUUUUUUUUUAAAUAUUCUUUCUUUUUAUGAAAAUAAAAUAACAAGGA